AUGGCGCAGAACACAUCUUCUGGCCGCCGCAUUCCCGCGGUAGCGGCAGCAGCAGCAAAACAUCCUAAAUGGGACCAUGCCAUACCGCCUCAGCUCCGCCCACUCGUCCGCGCAUUCUUACUCGGGUACGGAUCGAGCGUAGCGCCCCGCGUUCUCACGCUCCUGCUGCAGCGCCUCAGCCGUCGUUACAAGCGCCCGGAGAACACCGCCGCUCGCCAGCCGCUCCAGCCUUUCUUUCCGGCUCUUUUCCACAUCCUCCGCACCGGGUUCGAUCCGCAACGCUUUCCAGUCUUUUGCGCGGCACUGGUCGGAGGCAGUACCUUGCUACAGGCACGGAUGCCACUGAAGACGGAGAAAAUAAUCCAAAAGUCGGCUGACCCAGCCCUCUUUGCGCUCUCCUGCACGGCCAUCAUGUGGGCUUGGUUCUAUACGCCCACACUCCUCCCACCAGGCUACAACAAAUGGAUUGGUGCCGCGGCGGCCGUUGACGUGCGCCUAAUUGAGGCUCUCCGACGCUUUCACAAGGGCGAGAUGCAGUAUGGCAAGGACAACGGCCAGGCACCAUUGAUCCAGAGCAUGUGCGCCGAUUACAAGUGGCCGAUGGCCUGGGGCGAUCCGGCGGUGUCGGUUCCGUUCCCGUGCGAGGUCGUUCACAUGGGCGUUGGGCCGUCGUGCGAACAUCACGCCCUCAGUCGCUUUUACCACUCAUGGCGCUGGUCACUCGCCACGUACCUGCCGUUGAAUCUCCUGAUCGUGGCGCGCAAUCCUUCCUUCAAGAGCCUCAAGCGGGCGCUCGUCUCGGCCUCGCGGUCAUCGGCAUUCCUGGGCGCCUUCAUCGCCUUGUUCUACUACGGCGUGUGCCUGGCACGGUCCAGGGUGGGCCCGCUGAUCGUGGGUAAGGACAAGGCCGCCCGGCAGCGCAUCGACAGCGGGAUCUGUGUCGGGACCGGCUGCGUACUGUGUGGCUGGAGCAUCCUGCUCGAGCACCCGGGGCGCAGAAAGGACAUGGCGCUAUUCGUGGCUCCGAGGGCGCUUGCGACGUUCCUGCCGCGCAAAUACGGGAUGAACAAGCAGUGGAGAGAGAACCUGGUAUUUGCCAUCAGCACGGCCGUUGCUUUCACCUGCGUGAUGGAGAAUCAGCCCAGGGUGAGGGGCGUGCUGGGGAACGUGCUGGGGUCGGUGUUGAAGGCCUAG